CCACCGUCCUUCCGGGAGUCGGAGUUCCCGAGCUUGGGGUGCGUCAUCCAUGACUCAGAAACGGCCGUUUCGGCUCAACAACAUCUUCGCCCACCUGCUUUUAAUUGCUUCUGAUCCUCACCAUUCUGGGGGGUUCGCUUCUCUGCCUUCUUCUUCCCUCAUUCUUGGAUCUCUUACUGCUGCUUCAAACCGUGAUUCGACGAUAUGGGCAGCAAGGGAAGGACUCAGAUGGAGGUUGGUGCUGAUGGAGUUGCUGUCAUCACCAUCAUCCAUCCACCGGUUAAUGCGCUAUCGGUCGAUGUGUUGUAUGGCUUGAAAGAGAAUUACGAGCAAGCCUUGGAGAGAAAUGAUGUUAAGGCAAUUGUAGUCACAGGUGCAAAUGGAAAAUUUUCGGGUGGUUUCGAUAUCACUUCUUUUGAGGGAGUGCAGAAAGAGUCUAGGGAACAGCCACCACCAGGUUUCAUAUCCAUAGACGUCAUAACCAAUUUGUUUGAAGGUGCAAGGAAACCUUCAGUGGCUGCUAUUGAUGGAAUUGCUCUUGGCGGAGGACUUGAAAUCGCUAUGGCAUGCCAUGCACGUGUUUCAACCUCCUCUGCUCAACUAGGUCUGCCAGAACUUCAACUGGGAAUAAUUCCUGGUUUUGGAGGCACGCAGCGGCUUCCUCGGCUUGUGGGGCUCACUAAGGCACUUGAGAUGAUUCUGUUGUCAAAACCAAUAAGAGGACACGAAGCUCAUGCCGCAGGCCUUGUUGAUGAAAUAGCCACGCCAGACAAAAUUGUGGCCAGAGCACGCCAAUGGGCACUUGAUAUCGUUGACUAUAAAAGACCAAAAGUUCUCAGUCUUUACAAGAAUGACAAGCUUGAACCUCUUGGGGAAGCAAGGGAAGUACUUAAGUUUGCAAGGGCUCAAACCCUGAAACGGGCUCCAAAUCUCAGACAUCCCUUGGUUUGUAUUGAUGUUAUUGAAGAGGGAAUUGUAUCUGGCCCUGUUGCAGGACUUUGGAAGGAAGUAUAUGCAUUUCAGGAACUUGUUGUUUCUGAUACUGCUAAGAGCUUGGUGCACUUCUUUUUCGCUCUACGUGGAACCUCAAAGGUUCCAGGGGUUACUGACCUUGGUUUGGUUCCAAGGAAAAUAAGUAAAGUUGGCAUUCUUGGUGGGGGUUUGAUGGGCUCUGGAAUUGCAACUGCCUUGAUAUUGAGUAACUACCCUGUAAUCCUUAAGGAAGUAAAUGCGCAGUUUCUACAGGCGGGAGUAGAAAGAGUGAGAGCAAAUCUGCAAAGUCGUGUCAGAAAAGGAAAAAUGACCCAAGAAAAGUUUGAGAAAACAUUUUCUCUGCUCAAAGGUGUUCUUGACUAUGAAGGCUUUAAGGACGUUGACCUUGUCAUUGAGGCUGUCAUCGAAAAUGUAAACCUGAAGCAACAAAUCUUUGCUGACCUUGAAAAGCACUGCUCACCUCAUUGCAUUCUGGCAUCAAAUACAUCUACAAUAGAUCUGAAUUUGAUUGGUCAAAAUACCAAAUCUCAUGAUCGCAUAGUUGGAGCACAUUUUUUUAGUCCUGCCCACAUCAUGCCCCUGCUGGAAAUAGUCCGGACUCAUCAGACGUCACAACAGGUCAUUGUUGAUUUGAUAGAUGUGGGCAAGAAGAUUCGAAAAACCCCUAUUGUCGUUGGGAACUGCACUGGGUUUGCUGUGAACAGAAUGUUCUUUCCUUAUACACAGUCGGCUUUGCUAUUAGUUGAUCAUGGUCUUGAUGUUUUUCACAUUGAUCGUGUGAUUACCAAAUUUGGAAUGCCAAUGGGACCAUUCAGGCUAGCUGAUCUGGUGGGCUUUGAUAUAGCAGUUGCAACUGGUUUGCAAUACCUUGAGAAUUUCUCUGAGAGAGUGUACAAAUCCAUGCUUAUACCGCUCAUGCUUGAAGACAAGAGAGCUGGUGAAAAAACACGCAAAGGUUUCUAUAUAUAUGAUGAAAGGCGGAAGGCCACUCCAGACCCUGAAAUAAAAAAGUAUAUCGAAAAGUCACGGAGCAUUGCUGGUCUUGCAACGGAUGGAAAGCCGCUGAAACUGCAGGACAAAGAUAUCGUGGAGAUGGUUUUCUUCCCUGUGGUAAAUGAGGCAUGCCGUGUUCUUGCGGAGGCCAUAGCUGUAAAAUCGUCUGAUCUUGAUGUUGCAUCAGUUAUGGGAAUGGGCUUCCCUCCAUACAGGGGUGGGGUCAUGCAUUGGGCUGAUUCAUUGGGAUCGAAGUACAUUUACUCAAGGUUGAACGAGUGGUCAGAAAAAUACGGCAGUUCCUAUAAACCUUGUGCUUACCUGGAGGAAAGAGCUGCCAAAGGAAUUUCUCUGGCUUCCAACAUGCGCGCAACCUCACGGCUAUAAAACUGGAAUGCAAUGGUCCAAGAAAGAACACGGGCAAGGUUGAAUAAUUGAAAUAGGUACAUAGUAGACAUUCCGAAACGGCAACGUUGGCAAAGUUGAAUAAUAAAAGUAGGCAAAUAUACAUUCAGGAACAGCAAAAACUAUGGUGCGACAAUGACUCGAUGGAUUUGAAUGUUGUAUUCAAGCUAUGUACGAUUGCAGCAAUUAAUUGUUUGUAAUGUUGCUUAUC